UCGUCGAGAUGGCGUUGGUUUUGGCGCUCUUCGCGCUUUUAGUGUCGCUUCUAUUGUUUUCCGCCCGACGACGUCAUAGCUACUGGCAACGUCGCGGUAUACCCCACGAUGUGCCACACCCAAUUUGGGGCAAUAUCGGCGAUUGGCCAAAAAAAAAACAUAUCGCGUACGUUUUUAAGGACUACUAUAACAAGUACAAGAGUUCAAAGAGUCCCUUUGCUGGUUUCUAUUUCUUUUUUACGAAAACUGCCGUGCUCACCGACUUGGAAUUAGUCAAACGUGUGCUAGUCAAAGACUUCAAUCAUUUUGAGAAUCGGGGAGUGUUCUAUAAUGAAAUUGAUGAUCCCCUCUCAGCCACAUUAUUCAGCAUUGAGGGGCAAAAGUGGCGUCACCUGCGCCAUAAGCUGACACCCACGUUUACAUCGGGCAAAAUGAAACAUAUGUUUCCAAUUGUCACAAAAGUGGCUGAGGAAAUGGAAAAGGUGUUCAAGGACAAGGUGGGAAAUGCAAGUGGCGGUAAAACUUUGGAAGUCGUCGACUUGGUUGCACGUUAUACGGCCGAUGUGAUUGGCACUUGUGCUUUCGGUUUGAAGUGCAAUAGCUUAUACGAGCCUAAGGCGGAAUUCGUUCAAAUCGGUAGGAGAGCCGUAACUGAUCGUCGAUAUUACGGUCUCUUAGACUUCUUUAUCUUCGGUUUCCCCAAAUUGGCACGACGCUUGCAUCUGAAGUUAAAUGUACAAGAUGUCAGUGACUUUUAUACCAGGAUUGUAAGGGACACAAUAAACUAUCGUCUUAAGACCAAAGAGAAGCGUGGUGACUUUAUGGAUAGUUUAAUUGAAAUGUAUCAAAAGGAACUGGAAGGAGAUUCGGAGGAGGGACUUACAUUCGAUGAACUCUUAGCCCAGGCUUUCAUUUUCUUCGUGGCUGGCUUUGAGACCAGUUCAACCACUAUGGGCUUCGCCCUCUACGAGUUGGCUCAGCAUCAGGAUAUACAAAACAAAAUAAGAAAGGAAGUCAACGAAGUUUUGGCUAAGCACAACAAUGAAUUCACCUAUGAGAGUAUCAAGCAAAUGAAAUAUCUCGAGAAAAGUGUUAUGGAAACUCUACGCAAAUAUCCUGUUCUGGCUCAUCUAACACGUCUGACCAACACGGAUUAUACGCCCGAUGAUUCAAAAUAUCAUAUAGAUAAAGGCACAGUUGUAGUUAUACCUGCUUUGGGUAUCCACUAUGAUCCCAGUAUUUAUCCACAACCUGAGAAGUUUCAGCCAGAAAGAUUUACCGAAGAGGAAAUUCAAGCUCGACCUCCUUGCACUUGGUUGCCAUUCGGAGAUGGCCCUCGAAAUUGCAUUGGUCUGCGUUUUGGUCUCAUGCAAACUUGUGUGGGUUUGGCCUACUUGAUAAAGAACUACAACUUUAGUGUGGCUCCAGAGACCCCGAUACCCAUGAAAUUAGUGACUAAGAACAUUCUGAUAUCAGCCGAGAAUGGCAUACCCUUGAAGGUUGAAAAACUGUAAUUAAUUUUAUUAUUAUAAUCAUACUUAUGUAUUACAUAUGCUCAGAUUAUUAAACCUAUCCUAAUCACCGGUAAA